GAAGCGGAAAGUGAGGACGAGGAAACGGUUGGCGGUGAUGGCAGCGCCGAAGGUACGGUCAACGGUGAGGAACAUUUGCCGCACCAGCUGAGCGUCAUCUUCGAGGAGGAGAGCAUGUAUGGGCGGUCGACGGUGCAGUCUAGCAGGAGGACGAGCGUGUGCAGCAAUAGCUCCACGCUCAGCGACUGCUCCUCCACACUGGCCAACGACCUCGAUGACGACGAGGAGGAGGACGAAGAGGAAGAUACGGCGGGAGAGGAUGAUGAGAAGCCCUCGGGAGGCAACCGGACCGAUGAUGACAUCGAUCGGCUCGAGGAUACGGAGCAGGAGGAGAUGGAACGAUCGCUGGUGUCGGUGCGUCUGCCGCUGAAGCUGUCAUUCAGCAAGUCACCCAACAACGAGGACAUUGCUACGCUCGUAGUGGGUGAAAGCGAGAUCACUGGUUCGACGGAGAAACUGAGCCGGGAGCAAGUACCGGCGUCGAAAACCACCAGCAGCACUACAAUGGCCACGAACAAGGCCAAGUCGAAUGCGGCGCAUCAGCAGCCAGAGGACAGUGGGGACGAGAGCGAUACGGAGGAAUCGGAAAGUGAGUCCGGGUCCGAGAGUGAGGAAGAGUCAACUGGCACGGAAGACGAGGAGGUGAAGGAUAAGAUGGAAGAUAGUAAGGCCGACACCGACGUCACAGUAACGAUAACGAUUCCGUCACUCAGUAGUAAGGCUGGCGUGAAGGAUAAGGACAGUGGCGGCCGCGAAGGCAAAUCAAGGACCAUGAAGUCGGCUGAUCCUGUUAAGUCAACCCCGUUCAAGAUCGACUACGAGGAAGCCUCGGAAGUAUCCGUAUCCGUUUCGCUGCCACUGAAACCGAAGGCGACCUCCUGUUCAGCGACUAGUGCGUCUGAGGAGCCCAAGGAGUCGGGCAAGGACACUGCAGAGCAACAGACACCUACGGAGGCCAAUAAGGAGGAAGAAGAGGAGGUGGACUUCUGGAGUCAGAUAGGAGAUGAUGACGACGACUACCAACCGUCGGUGCGUCAUUCGUACUCGCGUGAUAUGUGGAGUGAUCGCGAAUAUAGUGUUGAUCGACAGAGUGGCUGGAGCCAGGAAGAAGCCGAGGAGGAUGAGGAGGAAGAGGAAGAAGAAGAGAUUAGCACAACGGCCACGACGGACUUCUGGAGUGCCGAGAAUGUCCCCUCGGAAGCGAUGGACCUGUGGAAGUUGGGUGGAAUACAGGAGAGCACGGAACCGUCCGUAGUUGUCCCAGCCAAGCAGCAGAGUGAGUUCCAGGACUCGCUGGAGUACUGGCAGAAGGAGAACGAGCGGUUGGUGAAAGAUCUGUACGAAAGCCGAAACAGACAAGCGAGUACGCCAGCGAUGAAGGAAGGAGAGAGCUAUAACAACAGGCCGGUUAGUGCACAGCCCCAAACGCCAGUACUGGGGACGAGUGCGGUAGUGCAGGUCAUCCGGCAGCAACCCGAUGAAGGUAACAGUGAGGACGACGACGAGCAUGGAGUGGAACAAGGCGGUUCCGGUUCCGAGAGUAACGAGGAGAGCGAAGAGGAAUAUGAAACCUCCAAUACUUCUAAGGAAGAGUCCGAGGUAGAGCAAGAGCACGGUGAUGGUGUCGAGACUGUAAAUUCGACGCAGCACCAGGUAACACAAGGACUCUCUAGCGCUGUCACUAGCGACGUGCCUUCCACGAAUUCAGUAAUGUGCAAUGGAUCGCUGGCUACCACUGAAACCAUAGGUGACAGCGAAAAGCUGGACAAAGGCAAGAAGCUCUCAGUUAAGGAGCGCAUCUCACUAUUCGAAACGCAAGCCGUACAGAGCAGCAUCCAAGAAGCAAAUGGCGCCGCUGCUAGCGUCGCCACAACCACGACGGGAGUGCGUGGUGCUACCAGCACGCCUACACCAACCGCGGCGAACCGAUUGAGACCCCCUUCGCGACAGAAAACGUCGUACGACGAGUCGGAGGCGGAGGACGAUUCCGGCGUCACCUCAGACAUGAGCAAACACAUCUCGGAGGUCGAAACCGACUCCGAAUGUUUCCCGGAGAUGCGCAAGAUGACGCGGUAUCAGCGGGCGGCCACACAUUCCAGGUUAUUUAAGCUUUUGCAGGACGAAAGUAACAACGGUGAUAGCGAGGACGAGCAGGAGGAAGAAGAGGAGCAGGAACUAGUAAGAGAAGCCAGAGAGAGUAGAAAUAAGAAGGAUGUACGGAACGAACCGAAGAAGUCGGCACAGGUAGCAGCUACCAUAGCUGUCAAUGGUAACACCGUAGAAGAAGUGACAACGACAGCAGCAACAGCAACAGCAGCAGCAGGAGCAGUGCCUCGCAAUAUUGUCAAUGAGCUCAAGCUGGCCGCGGAAGCAUCGUGUGCCAUCGCGGCGGCUGCAGAGGUGCGGCGCGAUCGCCUUACCCUGCCGAUCCGCCAACCAUCAUCCUCGUCCGGCAACGAGAGUUUGUCCUCCUCAACCUCCUCGACGUCCCCUGUAUCAGGCGGGCUACAGCAGCACAACGAGAAGCUGGCCGAAGAACUAGUACAAAGCCUGCUGAUGAAGAAGAAGGGUCGGCUGUUCCGCAAUCUGCCGCUGGAGAAGUUGCACGCGGCCGCCCUGAAGAUCCUGCAGGAGGACCUCGAAUCGAACGGUACGAUCAGCUCGACGGAAGACAACCUCGCUACGGUCGACUCGACGCCCGCACUGACUCCGCAAGAGUUCAAGAACGAAUACCCCAACUCCUACGCUGAUUACUACGAUACGUGGAGCAAUAAUGGUGGCGGUGGCUACUCUGAUCAUGGCUCCGAUCCGAGCGGCAUGGUGAAGAUGUUCCGUACCGUGCCUGAGCAUCAGUUGGCAGCUGCUGCCAACGCAGCAGCUGCCGCUGCCGCCGCCAGGAAGGAUUCCCGGCUGGGCAAUGGUCACUGGUCACCGCGCUGUCCGCGUGUGUUUAGCAACAAGAACGUGCCACGGUUAGCGGAAGUACGGGAAGCGGACGCUAGCGGCAUGGCCGAACCGUUGCGUGGAUCAUCUAGACCUCCAUCCCGGGCGUCUAACAACCGCUCUCCAUUCACUGCGAUCAAUCCAAUGAUGAUCAUGGGUUCCUCCUGCACCGGCAGUCCGAUGGAUGACUAUCCUGCCGCGAAUGCCCGCAACAUAACUGCCUCUACCGCCACUGCCAACAGACAGUUUAAGCUACAGCACCAGCAAUAGAUUAUCCUGCGUGGUCAGAAACAUCGAGAAAGAGGGUUAAUAAGAGAAAGAGACAAAAAAGAGGAAGUGUGCUGACUGCCAAUGCGAAAAACACACUGCCAAACGCAUGCAGCAAACCACACAGACACACUGCCAUUUUUAGAGAGAGCAUCUAUCUCACCUUCAGGCCGAUGAUUGAUAUCAACAAUUUGCGCGCGCCUCUGAUAUGGUGCAGGAUCAUCAUCGGAUGUACGCGUGUGUUUUGUAGGGCCAUUUGAUAAGAGGUGCGAUCGUCGAACCUCAAUCUGAUAUUAUCAUACGAUCGAAACGAAUCGAACCGAUUAAGCUCUAAUCGGUUGGGCGCAGAUCUGUGGCCACUAAGGCCUGUUACUUAAGUAUCCGGCUAAGCCGUUUCGCCGCCACCUCGUCCAUAGAGGUUGUAGCGGCAUCUGAAUUUGAGGACGCAUUUAGAAGCGACCAAGCAUGUACUGUGUGCAUAUGAUUCUGUAUAUAUCGAUAGAUGAAUAUAGGUGACUAAUGAGCCGGUCGUAGGGACCGGUCACAGCAGCCCUCUUCUAUUUCAAGGUCUCCUCCGAGCACCCAUUCCUUGCCCCCACCCAACCACCCCCGCUCCUCCACUCUUCCUCUAUACCAUCCUGCGCUCCCCAUCGUCAUCUCCUCCCGUCCACACAGCCGGCGGCAGUAGUGUUUUCCUUCAUGUGCCAUUUGUUUCCGGAUGCGGGCGGCAUGGUUUUCCGUUUGAUGUGCUAGGAAUAGUUACGACCAUUUAUGACCAUCCAUCAACUACCCCUCUUUCCCCAAAAUCAAAAACCGAAUCGGGCCCUAUUCGAACUCGAGAGGACGGGAGAAGUCCACUAGCGAAAGCCUGACAAAACUGAACGCCACAAAGAAAAAAAAAAAAGUCCAAGACAAUACAAGCAAACCAAAAACCCAUUUUACAUCAAGAAUUCCGAGAAACAGGUAUCUAAAGCCAAAAGCAAAUUUUAUCAUUUUCCAUCUAACGCGUCAAGAGUUUCGUUUUCUACUUCGAUUAAUUCAUUAAUAUGCGCCUGCGUUGCCAUCGGCCGGUUGUGUGUAGCGAGCGAAUUGUGUUUCGUUUGUUAAGUGUCUGCUGUCUGCCUGUGGUCCGACAAUUUGUCGAUGCUGUUCUUGUUGUUUCUGUUGUUAUUGUUGUUGAUGUUGCUGAUGCUGUUGUGCACUAGUUCAACUCAAGGGUAGUAUUUAACGUAAUAUUGACCGGGAACCAGCGAAAAUGCUAUCGAUUUUCGCAUCAUAGAAGCCUGUCGGGAUUCAGGCCGUUGGGGGAAUUUGACUUUUCCGAAAAGCAGAAAUAGAUUGCGCUAGUUGUUGUACAUGUUUCGUAGUAUAAGGAUCGUAGGGACGUUAAUUUCCCCGUAAGUUUGUUAAAUAGUGUAAUAGUUGAACAGUAAUUCCACCAACCGACUUGGCUCUCAAAGCUGCCAUAUGUGCACGCCUGUUGGAUAGUUUUUUUUUGUCUUUUAGUCAUAUUACUUAAGUGAAUUCUGCCAAUCAAUAUUACCUUAAAUACUACAUUCCUACGGGGAAAACUCGAACCGACAAGGACGAUGCAUAUGUUCUGUCGCGUUUCCUCGACAGUUGAGCAUAGCAAGUGAGACGGUUGCAAUGUGGACGAAUGUGAGCGGCAAGGGUAGUUCACUGCGAUUGCAGAACUAAGAGGGUGGUUGCUUUGGGGGAAUAAGAUCAUGUGUUAGGCCGACCGAUUCCACCGACGAACGCGGCACGGUUAGACAUUGUUUCCUCUGCUUGCGGAUUCCGUCCAAAUGCGCGCGCAUAUCUUUGCACUUGAGGAUCGAGUAACAACGCAUAGUGCUGAAUCAGCAGUCUAGCGCCCAUUCGUCCUCAGUGGUCAACAGUCUUGCCUGCUUCUACUCUCCGUUUCUCUCAAUCUUUUUCUACCUUUCACAUCUCUUUGCAAUUGUAUGUUAGUUUACCGUUCAUUUGAAAACUACCACUUCUUUCACUAAGCUUGCGUUUGUUUGUUCUCUACGAGUGACACACACACACUCAUCAUACUAUGAUAUCUGUAUCUGAUAUAGUAGAACAACGCGCGUUGCGCCGGUAUCGGCACCUGGCGCCACAACAAACACCCUAUUGGCAUGCAUUUGUGAACAGGACACGCGUGUGCGAUGGCAAAGGACCGUGGACUGGGGCGUGGAUGCGCUGCUGCUGCAAUAAUCACUUCUUUCGCAAUUGCGUGGCCGAUGCCUCUUUUAUCAUGGUUUAUCAUUUUUUCUUUUUUGUUGCAUUUGUCGUUGCUGUUGUUGUUGUUGUCGCCUGGUUGCACCCGUGCUGGUAUAUACAGAUAAAGCUGCUACACAUCGAGCCAAGUAAAGAAGGUGUUGCAUUUUGUAUCGGUUUGGUUUUUCUUCCACACACGCACACAUCAUCGAUAGAGGGUGGGUAGCCAGUUGGGAGUAAACUUAACUUGGUGGUAGUUUCUACACAAGGCAUCUGUCAACACGAAAAAUCUUCCACUAGGUAGAACAGACAGAGAAGAAAAAGGCGAUUUGAGACGCCAACAAGUAGGUCACAAAAUCUGGCACAAUGUUCGUCGAAGCUGAACAGAACAUUUAUCUACAACAAGUAGAAAGGAAGGAAGAAUAUGCUACCCGGAUUCGCAAAUGAAUGUGUGGCAGCAACGGGAUUCAUUCGGUGAAAUCGUACCCCUGACGAUCGUCCCUUCUACUUUAGUUGGAAGAGAUAGGUACAUUGGCAGCUCUUUGCUAGGUGGUGCCGACAGGCAUAAAGUCAUAUUACUCCGUAUACAGCUGUCUACCGAAUCGCAAACAAUCGCUUUUUCAACACAAGUUACUGCUACCCGUUUAUUAGUAUGGUCCGUACUGUUAAAUUGAUUCAAUCAUUUGAACCAUUUCUUUUUCCCCCAUUUCUGUCCUAGCCCGUCCCUGCUGCUCCGUCUUUUUUAUUGCGACAUCACCACAUUUGGAAAGAUGUUGAGUUGCGUUUUACCUAAUACCUUCUCUUGUAGGCUUGCAACGGAUACUACUACUUCUUCCCUUACCCCGCCCUGCCCUUAAUGAUCGGUCACUAUAGUUACAUUUGCCACAUUUUAAUGAGCUACAUGCAACAAGUUGAUUUGAAUUUCUGGAAUCCAAUUGGCAGCUGCAAAUGACGACAGAUGACUUCUCUUUUUAUAAAAGACCUGCGAGCCACUGAGAACGAUCGCGAUCGAUAUUUGGUCGCCACCCUAGCAAAGACUGUUUCGUGACGCGAUCUCUUCCGAACACAAAAGGAACACAAGCCCCAAUUGAGAAGCCCAAAGAAAUACUCAACGGAAACGAUACACUCAGUAGACAGACUAACGCGUUUGACCAAUAACUCUUUGCCGAAGAAAACCAAAAACUGAUCCAAAAUCAACACAAAAAUUAUUAAUCCAAGCGCAAUAGCUAACUCGAACAGCUUCGACCGGCGCGGGAACCGCUCUAGAUAUAAGAUCAGAAAACCCUUAUUGGGAGCAUCCUCACAAAAGAAAAAAUAAAACCACAUUAAAAACGAUCGAAAACGAUCGUGUGCGUGUCUGUGAAUGCGUGCGUUAGUGUUGCGUUCGAUUGAUAACGAUGAUUCGUCCGGAAUUGUCUCCUUCUUGUUCUCCUUCAACUAUAC